UUAUAUUACUCCUCUUCAGUAUAUAUAAGUAGAAGUUCACAAUAGCACAUGAAAAACAGCAAAACAGGUUAAAAUUCCAAAAUAAUGUGGCAUUGCUCUUUCUUUUCCCUCCCACUUUGCUGCUUAUUCUUACUAUUUAUUUCUACACAUUGUUACCUGAGUUCCCCACCAGUAGUAGACUUGAUCAACUCAACCUGCAAAAAGUGCUCAGAUGAGUCAGCAGACUUUAACUACAACUUCUGUGUUGCUUCACUCCAAGUAAUUCCUGUAACUCAUGUUACCAACUUACAAGGAAUAGGAAUCAUAGCAAUGGAGCUGGCUCUAGAAAAUGCGACACACACGAUUUCAACCAUUGAGAAGUUGCUUAACAGCGAAGAGUUCGAUCCUUUUGCUAUGGACUCCUUAAGAGAUUGCUUGGAACUUUACGCAGAUGCCAUUGCCAUGUUGGUGGAUGCUUUUGGCGCGUUCUUGUCUAAGCAUUUUAAUACAGCAAAUGUACUAAUGAGGACAGUUAUGGACGCGACAUCAACGUGUGAUGAAGAGUUCACUGAGAAGAAAGGAGAGUUGGCACCACUAGCAAAGGAGAACUACAAUCUUUACCAAUUGAGUGACAUAUCCUGGUGCAUCAUUAAGCAAGUUUCCUCCGUCCCUUCUGAUCUACCUAAUGUAUCUUCUUAAGAUUCGGCAACUACCAGUUGUGUACUGCAUGGGACAUCAAAGAGUUGCUUAUAGUUCUUGUAGAAAUACUAAUCAGCAAGUCUUGUUGCCCCUGUUCCCCCUUUUCCUUUCCCCUAACAAGCGUAUUUGCACAUUAUAUGUAGUUAAAAACAUUACAUAAAUUAGAGGUCAAAUAAAGGAGAACUCGGGAAGAAGACAACAAAUAUGUAACCAAAACAGAACUAUGUAAUCAAGUAUGAAUUAUACUGCUGAUGAAACAUACAAUUGCGACAAAGACAGAGUGCAAGGUUUUGUUAGCAAGAAAAUUUAGUCAAAGCAGAAGUAAAUGUAACUGGGGUAUAUGGCCUUCAGUGUUUAAACAAAAAGAAACAUUUGCUAGUCCAUUAAUCAGAAAAGCAUACACCAUCAGAACAUUUCCACAAUGUUAAAUUACCAAACACUAUGACAAAACUUAAGGCAGGGUAUUCUUGCAUUCAUAAAGAUAUAUUGUCGAAAGACCAUCAAUGAACUGCCUGAGACACGAAGAUGAACUAAAUAAUGCAAGGAACUGUACGGAUCAGUAGGU